AUGGUGGUUAGGGGUGGGUUGGGGUGCGGAGCGGCACAGGAAGAAGAUGACAGUCGUUCCUUGAAUGUGGGGGAGCAUCCACAGGCGCAGGCGCAGGAGGAAGUAGAGGGAGGGGAAAGUCGCAGCGAGAGCCCCCUGGCCCUGUCCAAGCGCAAUGCGCCAGUCGCAGAGAAGAAGGCGUUGAUCUCGGCCGAAUUAGAGCGGCGGCAGCUGAGCGAGUUGCAGGAGGUCCUCAUCGUGCGCGCUGAGUGA